AUACCAUUGGAAGUUCAUGUAAGAAUCCAAUGGUAUAUUGUCUUUUGCACAAUGCUGGAGACAAAUGAAAGCCGAAAGAAUAGGACAAAUGCCACCCGUCCUUUUCCAAAUCUUCCCUUAGAAUCUUUGAGAAUUACAGGAUCGGACAGUUUUGUACCACACACUGAAAAAGGAAGAUGGUCGAAAAAUUUGGUGCAACCUCAAGGGCCCCGUAUUCAACCACGACAUUCAUCUUCUUGUGAUUCGCAGAUGCAAUUGAGAAGAGAGGACCAACCUAAAAUUCCAACUCCACCUCCUGUUCCGAAUUCCUGUUUGAAACUUGGAUACAAAUCUGGUACCAUUAGAAGUGAAGGCCAAAGUUACUUCCAGGCAGUGGAAAGGCCCACCACUCAUUCAGAGUCUCCCACAGGCCUUUACAAACCGCUACCUAUUGCUAUCUCCGAAUGGAACCAACUUCAUGGAUUUCCACGGAAUACCAUUGUUCCUGAUAAAGACACCGAAAGCACCCUUAUCCGCCCUAGUUCAGUGAAAAAUGUAGUGGCAAAUAUCCGUAAGUCAGCCCCAGUUUCUGAGUCACGAGCAACAUCUGCUGAAGUAAUGAACGGAUGUCAGAAAAGAGAGACAAGGAAAAGCCCUAAAGCUCGGUACGCUAUGUCUACAAACUGCAUUUACGAACCGAAUUCAACUAUAAUGUGGAGGAAGAUAUUUCCGAACACAUCAGACACCGCCAUGGAUCGUGUCCUGAGCCCAUCGUUAUUGGAAUCUUCUAGAGAUGAUUUAUCUUCCAUAUGCUCUUCCAGCGAUCACACAAUAGUUGGACAGCAAAGUAUCACAACGGACGAUACAUUAACAGAGGAGAGAUUGGCUGCAUUGAAUGACUGUGGAGGCCAGGCAUCUGUUGCCGGUUCUGUCUGUACUGCGAGACUUGUCAGUAGGAGUCCAACUUCUGAAGAGGAAGAAAACUUUUACAUGGCACCUCAGAAUGCAAGCUAUCAAAUCCCUUACCAAAACACAAACAAGUCAGGUGUUCUUUCUGAAGGGUUGGAUAAAUCUUGGUCAACAUAUUCAAUGUACGAGUCGGCAACCGACGAACCCAUAAGCACCUCUACCCGUAAAUCAUCUCCAGCUAGUGUUGGAAGUGUUUCGGACACAUUUGCCACCCAGUCCUCCCAGUUCUUAAUGAAUAAUGACUUCAUGAUGGGAAAGAAUCCGUUGUCUUUACUUCCAAACAAAACUCGUGGCUAUUUAGAAAAAAUGCAAAAUGUACCACAGGACCAAAUCAUGCACUUUGCCGAGAUUGGUUCAUAUAUCAAAGAAUGUUACGACCAUUGCAAGGUAUGUGACGUUCGGUUCCGUGUGAAUGAUGAAGUUCUUUAUGCCCAUCGUGCUGCGUUGUGUUCCAUGAGUCCGUACUUUGAAUCCAUUUUUACUGAAAACAGUCACAUGAAAUCGAAACAAAUGGCAGAGAUUCGUCUCCGAGGAUUGUCCAUGCAAUCUUUAAAGGCCUUCAUGAACUUUGUUUAUGCAGGAAAACUGGAAAUCACAACUUCAACUAUUUUGGAUUUAGUUAAAAUCUCGAGGCAGUUUCAAAUUCCAGAAAUAAGGGAAAGAUGUCUCAGGAAGAUAGGGACUCUCCCGCAUGAUGAUCUUGUUGCGUUGUUGGUGGCGGUGAGGAAGGAUCCGGAGAGUAACUUCAUUAUACCAAUACUCCGUUGUAUAUCGCAGAGAUUUCUCGACAUUUCUCAGCGCAGAUCUUUCCUGGAGCUGGACAUUGAAACCCUUCGUGUCAUUCUGUCGCACGAUGAGUUAGUCACUUCAACUGAGAUGGACGUCUUUUGCGCAGGCUUAGAAUGGAUUAAUGCAUGUCCAGGUGAACGUUCGCAGUACUUGGGAGCCAUUAUGAAAUGCAUUCGGUUCCCCUUGAUGUCACAACAAGACCUGGUUGGGUGCAUCGACAGAUGCAGUCUUCUUGCAGCCGAUGAGAAAUGUUUAGACAUGAUCUACAAGGCCAACUGGAUUAGAACUGUGAUGGCACUUAAUAGGCAAGAUCCCCUAAACCUGAAUAUACCAGAAUCAAGGUACCUUACUGCACAUGAAGAUUCAAACAACAGCACUAACUAUAUCAAUAAUAAUGCCACUCCAGUUGACUUGAUGGAUAUAUCAUUCGGAAGUAUUGAAAGUUACGAGAAUUACACGGAGAGUUUCAAUAUCGGAAGUAGAGAAUCCUUGGAACAAUUUUCCCCGUCACAAGAAAUUAGUGCGCAAAAGUUGAUCAGCGCUGGGGAUUGUGCUAAGGAGCAUAACACCUUAAACCAUCCAUCAAAACCAGAUCUGAAUGAAAACCCCUCCAUGAUUGUGCUAGACCAGAAGUUAUACGUGAUAGGAGGGUUGCGCUAUAAUAACGACAAUCCACUUCCCCGAAGAGAUGUUUGGGUUUUCUGUCCGAAGAGUGGUUGGCGGAAAUUGACGCCACUGAGAACUGCUCGGCACCAGCAUGCACUAUGUGUUUUUGAUGGUUGCAUUUACGCUAUCGGUGGUCUUGGGAGAAACAACAGAAUUCUUAAGUCAGUGGAGUGUUACAACCCAUCUACAAACAGCUGGCAUUUCUUAAAGUCUUUGACGACAGCACGUGCUGGCGCUUGUGCUGCAGAGCUUAAUGGAAAUAUAUUCGUAGCUGGGGGCUUUGGGUACCGUCAGGAUGGAAGUAACAUAAUCUUUGAUAGUGUUGAAUGUUACCACCCAUUCACAAACAGAUGGACUGCAAAGGGUAGCCUAAGAUAUGGUCGUUGUCAUGCCACAAUGACUAGCAUUGGAAAUAGUUUGUACCUAAGUGGAGGAUUGGCUAUUGAUAGAAAAUCGUCAGCUGCGUUAAGUGUACAAGAUGUUGACUUGUAUGAUACAAACAAAGAUUCCUGGAUGCUGCUUACUUACAUGGAUAAAGCUCGUCAUAGUGCUGCCUCUUUUACUUCAGGUAAUAAAAUGUAUUUGAUUGGCGGGUCAUCUACCAAUAGAGGGGAAAAUCUGCAAGAAGAUAUAGAAUGUUGGAACGUACAGAGGAACACAUGGCUGUCUACUUUUGAGCUCCCAGUUGAAGUUCAAUGGAUCAUGGGGCUUGCCCAAUUUUAGAAUUUGGAGGCAGAAAAUAAAGCGAAAUUCAUAUUUUAAAGACUAAGGAAUGUUAAAAGAUUUUUGUUUUUAAUAUUAUUUGUGUGAUUUAUCAUUCAUAUUUUAAAGACUCCGUGUCAGAAAUGCUUAAAGUCGUUUGGUACAUACCAAGGUAUGUACUUGACAGAAGUUUCAAAUGGGCAGUUGUAAUACACAAGAUCAUAAUUCCUAGAAUUAAAUAAAAAAGAAAUUCUA